AGCCGCGUGAACGCGUAUGUGAUGCCCAAACAUGCUGUCUAUGUAUGCAGCUUACUAGGUUUUGACAUGCAUCCUUCGUCUUUCCGUCUCAAGCGAUCAGAAGAGCUCGACUCCGUCCGACGCAAGACCGUUCUCCUGUCUUAUUUAAUACAAUUAAGAAUUUCAAGAUGCAGCGAUUUUUGAACUCCACUGUCCCGUUCUCCCACAUGGCCCAAAGAGAUAUUAAAGCUCUCAACUGCCCCGGCUCGAGCCCAGCCUCUCGCACAGAGAGCAAAGCAGGAGAGCUAGACAAAAUACAACACUUGAGUAACUACCUCAAGAAUGUCUUGUAUCAUGGAACUGCCGACCAUGAGUGGACACACAGGACAGAGAAACAAACGAUUAUUGCACAGGCAGAGUGUGAGUCCCAGGAUUCACAGGAGUUCUGCCCCAAUGGCAGCAUCUCCUCCCAGUCGCUUCUUGGCACUUUUUCUCGCAGUCGGCCCAGGAAGAAGCGGCAUAAGAAACAUCGGCGAAAACGGGGUGAGAAGGACAGCCGAGCGAGCGAGUCUGUGGAAGUCACCGGAGUGCCAGAACAGGACAGCGGCGAGUUCCAUUCAUCAUCUCUUAUUCAGGUUAUAGAUCCUGUGUGCAUCAGCAGCAGUAUCAGUAGUACUACAUACAGCAGCAGUGGCCUCAGCACGGAGAGGGUGUCUGUGCAGGAAACAGAGGGCCCGUCAAACCCUUAUCAGUGGGAGUCCCAGCAGACCUCCUUACUGAGCCUCUCCUCCUGCCAGAGCUACGGCCAAGAGAGUGAGGAGCUGAAUUCUCCCCUGAGAAGUGAGACUGAAUGCCCUCUGGCUGCUACGGCCCUGAGGAACUUUGUUACAACUGAAGAUCCCUGCUUUGCGUACUGCUUUGUCAAAGAUGUGCUGAGAGAGGAGAGGGAGAGGGAUGAUAAGGACGAAAGAGAGGAGAGCGACAAGAAUGAAGGGAUCCUGUUCAAAGAGGGGCUACAACCAGUGAAUUAUGAGUACAGAGAGGGACGGGAGUAUGAACGCUGUAGAUUUCUCAAGCAGGGCUCCUUCGGCGAAGUCUACAGCAUCAAAGACAAAGGCACCGGCUUCAUGUGUGCUGCCAAAAAGGUGCCGUUGGUGAGUUUCAGCAGUGAGGAGGUGGGCUCGUGGAGUGCCCUGCAGUCUCCUCAGGUGGUGGAACUCUUUGGUGUGGUGCGUGAAGGUCCUUCCAUCAUCCUUUUCAUGGACCUUAAAUCCAGUUCUCUAGGACAGCUGGUGGAGGAACGAGGCCGCCUGCCAGAGGAUCUGUCCCUGCACUACCUUCAGCAAGUACUGGGGGCACUUAACCACCUGCAUAGGAAGCGGAUCCUUCACCUGGACAUCAAAGCGGAUAACAUUUUGCUGUCAGAAGAUGGGAAAGAUGCAUUCCUGUGCGACUUUGGAUACUCCGAGAGAUUGGACAAACAAGGGCUUAGUUAUUGUAAGAGUCUGAAAGGCACAGAAACUCAUAUGGCACCUGAGGUGUUGCUCAAUGAGCCGCGCUCUUCAAAAGCAGACAUCUGGAGCAGCUGCUGUAUGCUUCUGCACAUGCUCAAUGGCUGUCAUCCGUGGACCCGCUACUAUUCCCGCCCACUCUUCCUCAAGAUAGCAGAAGAGCCUCCGCCACUGAGGGAAAUUCCAUGUGACUGCAGCUCCUAUACAGCAGAUGUCAUAAAAGCAGGACUGCAGAAAGAUCCAAUCAAACGAGCUUCUGCCAAAGAACUUUUUGUUAAAACUGCUAAAGCACUUAAAGGAGUCGGGGGACUUCGCAGCCGCGCGAGAGGAGGACCCUAUCAGAAGCCACUAGGGAAGCCAGAGAAUCCAGACCCCACCUAUUCAGCCACACCCCCCACAUCCCAUCAAACCACGUCCUCUGAUAACUCUGAGCUGCAGUGGAUGAGCUCGGAGCACAAGAGGAAUGUGGGUAAUGGGGAACGUAAUGAGAAGCCAGAAAAGGUAAAACAGUGGAAACAGACAGAGGAGACAAGAAACGAUGACCACUGUCCUCCAAAGUCACUGCUCCACAUUCAAAACACUUCACCUGAGCCGCGGAUCAUCAAUAAGACCGAGCCGGAGCCGGAACAAGAGCUGAGGAGACUGGAGAAAGAUUUCUACCUGAGCAGUCUUUCCCUGCCUCAUUCUGCUGAGCUACAGGAGCAGCUGCUCUCUUGUCUCUGUAGCGACUGCCCUUCCACUAGAGAAAACUUUGACAAGAAGGAUUCAGGACGUUGGUCAGUUGGCCCUGGCGAUGACCUUAGCUCAGGCGUGUUUUCUUACAAUAGUCAACAAGAUGGCCAGAGCUUCAGCAUGGACUGGCUCGCCCCCACGCAUCAACCUCUGCCCCGCUGCUUUGAUGGGGUGGAUGUUUAUAUCAGGGACUUUGACGGGAAAUGCUUUCAUAUUCGGGAGACGCCCGGGGUGAAAGUAGGCCACGUUGCUAGAGGAAUCAGUGAUCAGAUCUCAGAGAACGUGUUCAGCCUGCAAACAGAGGAUGGUUGCUUGGUGCCCCAUGACAAAGAGGUCCUAGAGAACAGCCUGUUUUUGCGUUGUGUCCCGGCCCCCGACUCCAGCCACUAUCAUCAGUACGGACACAACCCCUGCUGCACGCUCGGCCCCAACUGCAAACUACCAUGGAGCUGGAGGAUCAGAGAGGGGGUGCUGGAGACUAAAUACUGAUCUCUCCAUCCCCAAUCAGUUUCUGUUAAGCACUCUGUUCCAAUCAAAGUACGUUUGCAUUGAAUUUGUAAUCGUGAAUCUCAUCUGUGCUUCUCACCUGUCAAACUUUUGAGCCAUUUGCCAUAGUAUUGGUUUACAUUCUUAGUAUUUUCAAGUUGUUUUAAGUGACUGCAGAUCUUUUGUUGUGCUGUGUUGUGUUGUGAAGAUCAUUGUGGGCCUUCAUGGAGUCAUUUCAUGAUUAAUGGCAAGAUUUUAAAGCCUUUAGCCGAUCAAGUAUAUGCCUUAAACCCUGAGCACUUAUGAAUUAGUUUUCAAUGUCAGUAUGGCUUACCUGUGGGACGUAAAGAUGCACAUCAAAAUAA